AUGGAACCAAAGCAAUUAGCAUUUUCUGCAGCUCUUGGCUUUACCCUAGGAGUAUUUCCCAUUUGUGGAGUCACUGCUCUGCUGUGUGGGAUGGCAAUUGCAUUACUUGGAUCGCGCUGCCAUGCUCCCACCGUGAUGUUAGCAAACCUUAUUGCAACUCCUAUUGAGCUGAGUCUUGUUGUACCGUUCUUGCGUUUUGGGGAAGUUAUAAUUGGUGGACCCCAUUUUCCAUUGACAUCUGAUGCUUUGAAGAAGGUCUUGACUGGGGAAGCUUCUCAUGAAGUCGUUCAAAGUGUUCUUCAUGCGCUAUUGGGAUGGCUUGUUGCGGCACCAGCUAUUCUGGGAGCAUUGUUUGUGAUACUUUUGCCGUGUUUUAAGGUGUUGGUUGUCAAGUUCCAUAGUGUUCCAUCAAGCCCAAGACAGUCAGGCGGUAUUCUCUCAGAUGUUACCCUUAAGGUAAGAGAUUGAGUUACAUAUGUUGAGAGCUUGGUUUCUUCAGCAAACACAAAGGGUGGAGACUACUCUGUAUAGGCGUGCAACAUGUGUACAUAGAACUGUUGGAUACUUGGUGUAUAUAACUGCAUGCUGUAACCAAUUUAUUUCUGUUUCGGGAUUAUUGGGGUGAAAAUUUAUGAC